GUUUUAUGUUUAUUUCUUAUGUGUUAAGCCUUUGAUUUUUAAAAAACUAAAUAAGUCUUAAAUAAACUAAAUGAUUAAACAGUGAGAACAGAUAAUCAGUUACUGAGCAGACACAAGUCUAAAGUCUAGCCACUUUACUAAGUCUAAGCGCAAUCACUUUUCUAAUUAUAACCCCCUAUAGCAACCCUCCUAGAAUGGAAGUUUAACCAGAUCCAUCUGUGCCCUAAAAUUAGCCCUUCUUGGUGACCAGGCCUCAUGGUCUCUCUGUGUCAGACUGUCAGUUUGGGCUACAAAUUACUCUUUUGGAGGUUGGUGGUGGCAUGAUGCUGGACACUUUUUCCAAAAUGAGUUUAAUGGAUAUUACCAAGAUUUUCUCUCUACUCCGGCCCAAAGAGGAUGAAGAAGAUAACAGUCAGCAGUUAAAUAAGGCCGUUGCUGAAGAUGAUGACAAACUUCUGGCUGAUUUGCUAUCUCAAGAACAGUACAGGAAAUGUAUCAACAGCAGAAGUGGCUGGGGAAUACCAAGUACACCACUGAAAACUGCAGCUGCUCAUGGUCACCUCCUCUGCCUAGAGUUCCUUUUAGCCUGUGGUGCUGAGGUGGACACCCUGGAUGUAAAAGCCCAAACUCCACUUUUCACAGCUGUCAGUGGCAAACACCUUGGAUGUGUCUCUGCUUUGCUAAAAGCUGGAGCUGAUCCUAAUGGAAGUCAAUAUAACAACUGUUCCCCAGUGCUAACUGCAGCCAGAGAGGGAGAUGUGGACAUUCUGAAAGAGCUGCUUUAUUAUGGUGCUGAGACAGAUGUCCAGGCCAAAAUACCAGUUUGGGCAUCCAAUGCCACAACAUGCCGAGGACCUCUCUAUAUUGCAGCCAUUUAUGGACACCUGGAGUGCUUCAAACUGCUGUUGCUAUAUGGUGCUGAUCCAGACUACAACUGCAAGGACAAGAAAAUACUGGCAAGGAUCAAACAGUCAAACACAGUGCUGGACACAUGUAUCAAAUAUAGAUGCCAAGCGGAAUACAUUAAGCUACUAAUAGACUUUGGAGCCGAUGUAUACAUCCCAAUGGUGAUUACAGACAAAAUGAGAGAGCAGGAUGAGGGUAUCAUGCUGGUACAUAGAGAAAGAGUUUUCCCCAAAACACUGAUGUCUCAGGUUCGGCUUGCAAUACGGAAGUACCUUUCUACUGCACAAAAACUGGACAUGAUUGAUUUGCUGGAUCUUCCACAAAUGCUGAAAAAUUAUUUGAAAUAUACUACAUGACCACUGCUCUAUGCCAUCUCUCUUUUAUGUUACCUUAAGGGCCAGUGUAGGGGCAGGUUUUAAUUCCAAUGAAUCAGAAGAGAGAUACAGUAGCCAAGAUUAACUGAUUCAACAGGCUUUAUGAGAUGAAAUCCUGUACCCACACUGGCCCUUUCCUAAUAAGAGUGGACACCCCUGCUACAAACUUUGGGCAUGCCUGCUCUGAAUCAUGGUAAGGUAAAAAUGUAAGGUAAAAUGGUGCAAUAAUUAUGUAAAUAUUAAUUUAAAUACAUUAUUAUAAAUAGUUAAUAAAGAGAGUAUCAGAACUGCACAUCUAGACACCCCAGAUUGUUUCCCUUUCAAGGGAACUUGAUGCUGCAUCAAGGCUGAUGCUAUUUGUAUGCUUCUUUGAGGAAGUUGUGUCUGUAGUUCUGUGUACACACAUGCCAAUUUAAUAGUUCAGAAAGGACUUAUGAUGAAGGGAAUACGUGCCAGCGAGUCCAUAUAAGGUCUUCUAUGUCACAUUACUCCAGCCUUUUUGUCUUUUGGAAGUACUAUGUACUAUGGAAGUACUAUGUAUGUGUCAAUUGUUUACCUGUCUGUUUAGAGAAAAAAGAAUAUUUAAAAAGUGCUAGAAAAAAAGAGAUAUUAUGGUGAGCAAGCAAUUUAGGAGGUGUGUGCAUUCAUGUGCCCACAAUAUUAUGCAGGACAACAUAUACUCUGUUUGCAUUCUUCAUUUGGUAGAGGACUAUGCAUGUUCGUCUCUCAAGGGAGCCAGCAUUGCUUAAGCUCCGAUCCUCCGAAGCUGUCUGUGCCUUGUGGUUGAGGCAUGUAUGCUGAGGCGGUGCAAUGGCUUUGAUCAUGGGGUCACAGGUUUAGUUGGCAGAAGUGGAACAAGAAAACCUUGUACAUUCCCCUGACUCAGAUCUCUCUUUUACAGAUUCGGGAACUCGUGAGAGAUUUCUCCUGACCUAGGUUAAAUUGGAAUUGGCCUGAAUUGCCACCUUUGUUGCCCAUUUUAAACUAAAUAUUCCCUUUCUGUCUUCAGGCUGCAUGCCACCUCCAUGCAGGCAGCUGCCAUUUUUCCCAGAACUCCAUGAUGAGGUAUCAAGGUUCUGGGGGAAUCCUAUCUGACCCUUCCCUUUUCCCUGGCCACUUCUAAUUUUUUGGCCAUUGUUCAAACUCAUGAGUGUGCAGCCAUGCAUAGGGUUGAAGAGACUCACAAGCUACCCCUCCCCUACAUUGACCGCAUGAAGGAAGCCUGAGUCGUGUAGAGCCACCUCAGCCCUUGUGGGUAAGACUUACAUGGCAGCAGGCCAAUCUGGUGAGGCCUACUAGGCUGACCUGCUAAAAGAACACUGAUGCGGUAUCUGAGCUGCAUUGAGCCAAAGAUCUUGCCAUUAAAGCCGUUGAAUGGCUGCUCUAGUUGCCAUGGAGAGGCACAUGGGGCUUAAUUUAACAUGGAUCAAGGACAGGGAUCGGUCCUUUCUCCUGCUGUUGUCAACAGGCACAAGGAGGUGAAGCACCAGCCAACAAUGUUCAGGGAAUUUAUGCCUCACUGCAGUAAGCAGCCUGAGCUGUCUUCCAGCAACACCCGGCCUCCUCCUAGCUCACUCAGCAGAGAAAAGCAGGGGCAGAGAAAAGGGUGAGUGUUGUGGCCAGAACCACUCAUCAAAGGCUAGGGAGGCCAGACAGCAUGCCCUAGCCCAGACACUUCAAGGGAGAGAGGACCUUAGGUCUGUCAUCUCUGUCAGGCAUGAUAAGGAGUCCUGAUGUUCCUAAAAGCCCCCGUCCUCCUCUGUUUCAGGGUGUGUUGCCCAUGAGCUUUGGUGAACACCAGGCCACAUUCCUGCAAAAGGAACUUCCAGGCUACAUUCCUGCAAGAGGACCUUCUCUCUCUUCUUCUCACCAUGGGACAUGUUCCCUUCCCAGGUCAUGACAUUUACAGCCAGCAUUUUUUUCUUUAGGAUCACUUUCCAGUGUGAAACUACCAAUAUUGUUCUUAGGCGGCUUCCAUCUUGUCAGCAGCAAAAUCUAAAGCCUCUGUCGCUGAGAUGCAGAGAAUGCUCAACCUCACAGGGUCAGCAGCUAAUGUUAACAGUUUGGGUCUGCUUCACAUCGCAGGGAGAUUCCAGCUCUGGUUUAAGGGUAUAGUCUUUCAUGCCCACAAGCAUCCCAUCAGGUUUAUAGUUCACAGUACAAACAGUUAUGCUCUGUGGGCUUCAUACCCUUCUUAUGUGAAAAAAAAAACAGUUCAUGGCUCAUUCUAGGGGUGUGUUAUUGUUGCAAGACUCUUUCAAUGGAAACUCAAUUUCUGGUUAAGGAGCGGGCCUGGAUGGCUGCCCUACCCAGGGUCGCUGAGAGGGCUCUUAUCUCUCAUGGCACAUAAAUUUCCUGGACAUAAGGGCCAUAUUUCUAGCAUUGAAACAAUUUCUUCCAUACAUCAGGGGCUGCCAUGUGCUAGUAUAUACAAACAGUACUACAGUGGUUUCCUUUAUUAAGCAUCAGGGCAUACAUACUUCUUGCCAGAGUGUGCCACAAUCGAGUCCACCUUCUUCUAGUGGCUCCUCAUUGGCCUGCUUGAGUUUGGUUUGUGAACCUAGUCUCCCUCCUAGAUGGCAUUUCAUGGGAAAUCCCCAUCACGAAACAUCUUCUCUCUCAGGUGCAGGAGGCAAUCCUACACCCCCACCACAAGAUGUGGAAGCUCUGGGUCUGCACCCUGAAAGGGGACCAGUUUCUAGAGGCAGGCCUCUCAUCUAAGCUGGUGGAGACUUAAAUUAUUAAUUUAUUGAAAAAUGAUAAAAUAUGGUCCUCAUGGUCUCUUAUUUUUUGCAUGGUGCCAGGAUGCUGUGACCAUCUUAUAUACCAAACCUUCCUUAAUAGGACCUCUUGGUGGUCCUGGAUGGGCUGCAGGAAGCCAUCGAGUCAGCUUCUGAGAAGUUUCUUACCCCAAAGAUGGAUUUGCUCUUAGCCUUAGCCUCCCUCAAAAGAGUAGGGAUCUGUAGGCCCUGUCAUUCACCUGCCUAGAAUUUGCCACAGUUUGUCUAAGGCUAUUCUUUACCCCAGGACUGGAUAUGUCUCAAAGAUGUCCAGGACGUCCCAUUGCCUUGUCAUCUUGCAGAUGUGCUGUCCUCUGUCCCAUGAGUCAGCACAACAGGGGAGUGAGUCCACUGCUUGAGCUCAUGGCUUGGCUCCACCCCAGAUUCCCAGCUCCUUCAGGGUUAUUGAUGUUCUGUUCUCAGUCCGCUAUUGCUUUCUCACGGCCUCUAGGACCACUGUGUGGUGGUGUGAGUAUUUACAUUUCCAUGGCGACAGCCUUGAUGAAGGAUCAAGUUCCCUCGUAAAGAAACUACACCAGGUUAGGUAUGUAACCAGUUCCCUGAGAAUGGAACAAGAUGCUGCAUCAAUUGCCACACCCCUGGUGUCCACUUGCGCUUCUUUUAGACAAAUAGAAGCUGGAGCACUGUGACAUAGAUGCCCUUAUAUAAACUUGCUUGUGCAACUUCCCUUUGGCACCUGUCUGUUCCAAUCUAUUAAAUUGGUGUGUGCACACAGAGCUUCAGACACACCUUCCUUAAAGAAUUGUUCACACAGCAUCAGCCUUGAUGCAUCAUACUCUCAGGGAGCCUAAGAUAUGUAUUUAAAAGCAUAGAAAAAAAAAAAGAAGAAAGUAUUAGAUAUUGGCAUUUACUAUCCACUGCAUACUGGGAAUAUAUCAGGUUAGAACAUCUUGGUACAGAAUAUGGUAUACACUUAAAAUAUUAGGAAUAAAAAAAGAAUAAAAUAGUUUUUAAAUCAAUAGAAAGUACAAUAGAAAGUUAAAUAUUUGAUUUGAACAAUGAAACACAUUUAAAAGUCAUAUUAAAAUUAGUAAGGUGUUGGUGUUGGUGAAAUGAUAUGGUAUAGUGAUGGAAUAGUACUGACAUCUAGGUUACAGAGUAUUUGCAUAAUUGCAUAAUUACCUAUUUUUAAAAUAAUAUAUUAUGAAUGUGAAAUGUUUUUUUUGUUGUUUACCAUAGUAGAGAUGUUUUCCAAAACGAGUGUGUAUUUUGCAUGUUGAUUUGUACUCCCUUCCCUUCGUGUUAGGCUUUUCAUUUCCAUAAUUCACUUAGGAACGUGACUUCCCUUGAAAAAAAUUUGUGUGUUCAAGUGUACAGUAAGGAGGCAUGGUGGCUUAGUGGUUAGCACGUUCGCCUCACACCUCCAGGGUUGGGAGUUCGAUUCCCACCUGCGCCUUGUGUGUGUGGAGUUUGCUUCUCCCUGUGCCUCGGGGGUUUCCUCCGGGUACUCCGGUUUCCUCCC